AUGGAUCUUGUACAGACAAUACGCAAAGAAGGCAGCCGCGGCGGUCGCGCCGACUUCAAAUGGGAAGAUGUGAAAAACGAUGCGCAGCGCGAAAACUACCUAGGCCACUCGCUCAUGGCCCCAGUGGGCCGCUGGCAACAAGGUCGUGACUUGAACUGGUACGCAAAAGGCGAUGCCGACUCCAAAGAGGCCGAAGCUGCGCGGAUCAAGGAAGAGAAGCGCAAGCUGAAGGAGGCAGAGGAAGAUGCUAUGCUGGCUGCCAUGGGCCUGCCGGUGCCGGUGCGCGGAGAAGGCAAUGCCAACAUGACCCCACUGGGGAAUAAAGCACAUGAAGCAGAUGUCAAAGAUGCAAUGGAGGAGAAAGUAAAGGAGGGCGAGGACGAGGACAAGUCUCGAACGAAGGACAAGAAGGAGAGGUCAAGGCGGCAUAGAGACGACGACGGCGACCGAAGGAGGAGACACAGAUCACGAAGCCGUUCGAACAAUCGUGAGCGCCGUCACAGACACCGGGACCGUUCACGAUCGCGCGACAAGCGGAGAGACGCCGAUAGGGAAGACAGGCGCAGACACCGUUCAAGAAGCCGUGAACAUAAGCGAAGACAUGAUCGCCCAGAGCGUACAGAGCGUCAGCGAGAGCGAGAUACAGAUGAGAAGCGCCCAAGGUCGCAUUCAAGAGACCGACGUAGGCGACGAGACACGAGGAGCAGGUCGCCUUAUGAAACGACUGAGAGGAGAAGGGAGUGA